CAACGAUACAAUAUCCAUCCUGCCGCUCGACUGUCAUGCCCUAGCAUACACAUUUACAAGAUGAUACCAAACGGCGUCCUCGCUGCAUUGUUUUGCGUCCUCACAUUUCCUAACCAGGCGUACUCAUCUCCUUCUCAAUGCCAACUACCAACGCCCCCACAGCAAUUACUUGUGAAACCAGCCGCAUGUCUGCUCACAGAGGAGGUAGUUGGAGACACGGUGGCUAAGAAACCACACGUACAGGGAGAAUGGACGGAAGCGCCGGACUGUGUGGAAGGGAAGGAAAGAAAGUAUUGUGUACACACGACAUCCAAGUUUCGUGGUGGCGGCCUCAGCAUCAUUUCCACGCCUGAAGCGGCUGAAGCAGCGUCCAAGGCUUUCGCGCAUGCCCGGAAACAUGCGCAUUACCCUCACGAUGACUGGUUAGAAGUGCAGGAUAUCCCAGGAAAAGGCAAAGGCCUCGUCGCCAAAGAGCUAUUGAAGAAAGGGAAAAUUAUCAUGGUCGACGCUGCCAGGGUCAUCACGAGUUCCAAGGUCCCUUUUCAUGUACAACCUGGGGAAGGCCUUAAACUGUACGAUAGUGCGGUCGACAGACUUCCUCCUAAAGACAGAAGCCUCGUGCUCGCUCUGGACAGAAGUAAGAAAAGUACUGGCGCCGACGACAUCCUCAAAACAAACUCAUUCGGCUGUUUGUUCCCUGACGGCAGCGAAGGCGAAGGCGACGGCUACCUCUGCCUCUUCCCCCUCGUCUCCCGCAUCAACCACGCAUGCCGCCCGAAUGCAAACGCCAAAUUCAUGCCCCGCACUCUGCUCAUGGAAAUCAAAGCACUGCGGGACAUUCAGGCGGGUGAAGAGAUCAGCAUUUCGUACGGGCGCGUAGAUCUCAAGCAUGCAGAGCGGCAGGACCUAUAUCAGAAAGGCUGGCAUUUCACAUGUACAUGCCCUCUCUGCACGGCAGAUUCAUAUGCGAUUGCAGGCAGCGAUCAGCGGAGGGCGCGGUUUGCAUGGCUACACGAACAACUCGACUCGUUGACGUCGGAGACAUUUGACGCAGAGCAGAUUAUUGGAUGGGAGGAGGAAGUGUUUGAGAUUAGCGCAAAGGAAGGAUUUGAAGUGUUGAUUGCUGCGGAUCUAGAGAGGAUGGCGUACGUGUAUGACGGGCUGGGAAAGAGGGACAAGGCCAUCAUGUGGGCGAAGAGGGCCAGGAAGAACCUGCUGAACUGGACGGUUGUGGAUGGAGGGCUGAACAAUGAGCUGGACCGUGUCGACGGAUUAUUGCGCGAAUUGGGAGUAUGA